UAAAUGUUAUAUAAUCAUCUAUCAGUUUUAAGUUGACAAAAAGUAGACUCCUUGAAAAUUGUCCGUAAAGUAUGCAAUAUAGGACUUGUUUUCGAUGAACAUGCAUUGCCUUCGAAGGACCCAUUGCCCCUACAACAUGGCGCCUACAUAGGCACGUCAAUGACUCGGUUCCCGAAGUGCUUUAGAAUCUAGUUUGUUUUUAUAGUUCGUGGGAUUUGUGAGUCAAACGGAUAGUCAACUUUUUUCCCCUAAUAACGCCACUCCUAUUUGUAACUAUCACUUAUAUUUCCAAGUAAUAUUUAUUUUACGUGUUCGUGAAAUUCACGUAAAAGUGGCACCUAGGAAUAGUUUUCCAUAUAGACAAAUUACUUUUACACAUGUUUUUUUUUUACGAAUUACUACGAGACUUUAAGAUUUGGACCCAGUGCCUCGAAUUUGGCUCGUUCCAGUUCAACAUGAUUUGUCUUCCUAUCUAGGUGCCAAAAUGCCGGUUUGUGUCGUUCGCGACGGGGUGUGGGUGUUUGGAAAUGGAAGCUUGUGACCGAAGUCCGAAGGUUGACUCACAGCUUCAGCGACACAGCGCAUACAAAUACGAUGGAUUCUUGCUGGAAACGACACUGAUGUGACGUGAGAAUAUAGACGCUUUCCUGCAAUGGGGACCCCCAGGAAUGGUAUCAAUAAGGAGAGAUUUAUUUUGUCUGUGGACGUGGGCACGACUUCCAUCAAAUGUCACGUGUAUGACAAGAAGGCAGAAAUUCGUGGCUCGUCCUGUACAGAGGUGGUCCCGUUAUAUCCAGAGGAAGGCCAUGUGGAACUUGACCCAGACACUUUGUGGAAAAGCUUCAUCUCUGUGGUGAAAGGGGCUGUAAAUGACGCCGGAGUACAAAUGCAUCAAAUUGAGGCUCUGGGCAUCUCUACGCAGCGGGCGACCUUCACGACAUGGAACAGGGCAACUGGUGUUCCUUUCCACAAUUUCAUCAGCUGGCAAGACCAGAGAGCAGCAGACCUGGUAACGUCAUGGAACCGAUCGUGCACCUUGAAAAAGCGCUCACUUGCAGCGAGUGUAAUCGUCUUCUCCACUCAACAUGUCACCUUCCGCCUUGUUUGGGUCCUCAAACACUACAAGCAGGUUGCUCAAGCAGUGGCAGAUGGAAACUGCUGCUUUGGAACAAUCGACACUUGGCUCUUGUUCAAGCUCACAAAAGGUCUGGUUCAUGCCACAGACUACUCAAAUGCAAGUUCAACCGGGAUUUUUGACUCCUAUCAGAUGUGUUGGAGUCAGUUAUUAUGCUCUCUGGUCUCCCUGCCGCUCUCUAUUUUCCCCAAAGUAGAAAAUACAGGCCAUGAAUUUGGUUCCACAGACCCGUCCAUCUUUGGGAUCUCCAUUCCCAUCAUGUCAGUGAUGGCGGACCAACAGGCUGCGAUGUUUGGAGAGUGCUGCUACAGUGUGGGGGAUGUGAAGAUCACCAUGGGAACGGGUACAUUCAUGGACAUCAAUACUGGCAGCACACCUCACACAUCUGUGAAUGGUCUCUAUCCGUUGGUCGGGUGGAAGAUUGGCAAAGAAGUGAUGUAUCUGGCUGAGGGUAACGCAGCAGACACCGGCACCGCCAUCAAAUGGGCUCAGGCACUGGAUCUGUUCUCUGACGUGGAACACACCAGCCUUAUGGCCUACAGCGUGAGUGACGCAAACGGCGUGUGUUUCGUCCCAUCUUUCAGUGGCUUGCAGGCUCCUCUGAACGACCCAAAAGCUUGUGCCUCCUUCAUGGGCCUCAAACCUUCCACCACCAAAAGCCACCUGGUCCGCGCCAUUCUGGAGUCCAUUGCCUUCAGAAACAAGCAGCUAUAUGAGACGAUGCUAAGAGAAACAAACAUUCCUGUUACAAAGAUCAGGGUGGACGGCGGUGUUUCCUCCAACGACUUCAUCAUGCAACUCACCGCAGACCUGUUUGAUAGAAAGAUUGAAAGAUGCCGGAACCAUGAAAUGUCCUGCUUAGGGGCUGCUUUUGUAGCUGGACUUGGAGUGGGCUACUGGCAAACUUGCAACGAGCUGAAGAAGCUGCACAGCGCGGGCGAUGUUUUUUGCCCUAAACGCGCGCCCAGUGACAGCGCCGCUUCCGAGCACGCGCACGAUCUCCAGAGAUGGGAGAGAGCUCUCCAGCGCUCCAUGUAUUGGUACAAGCAACCAUGACACAGGAUGCGUUCACGGAACAAAAGAAUCUGAAACCUGAGCCACUCUUCGAAGAAGUCUGAUUGUGUCCGGUAUACUUGAAACCACACGAGGGCCCAGAUCACCGCAGAAACCACACAUGAAUUGUUUCUCCCGUAAAGACAUGAUUUCAAGUCACAAACUAUGAGUGACAUUUCAGGUUGUAGUAUUUCAUCAAAAACUGACUACCAUUGUACAUAGUUGCACACUUUUCCACAUGGGGGCGCCAACCUUGUGAAGCCCCAGACAUGAAAUGGGGAAAAUAAAUAAACUCACCACAAUAUAGAUUUGUGCAAACAUUCUGAAUUUAUGGCCACAAAAUACUAAAUGGGUGCUUUAGUGUACUUGUGCCCGAAAAAUAGCUGUCAUGUUUGGACAAAAGUAGUAAUUUGUGGCCACAAAAUUAGAAAAUUGUGAUAAGAAUGUUGCAGUCAUGAAAUCUGGAUAAUGUGUUUAAAAAAAAAAAAAAAAAAAAAGCAAA